AUGGACCAACCAGGCAUAAGACAAGCAGGCCAAAGCAAAACAGACACGAAUCAAGCAGUGAUGAGCCCACCAGAUGAAAGUCCAUACAAUACAAAAGAACCAGGGCCAAGCCAACCAAACAUCAACCAGCCAAGCAUGAGCCAACAAGACAUGAACAAACCAGAUGUGACAAGACCAGAUGCAAGGCAACCAGAUAUGAACCAACCAGGGCCAAGCAUGGACCAGCCAGUUGUGAGCAAACCAGACGUGGGUCAACAAGGUUUGAGGCAGCCAGACCCAAGCCAACUACAUAUGAAACAUCCAGGCACAGGCCAACCAGGCAUGAGUCAAUCAGGCCUGAGCCAAACAGGCAUAUGGCAGCCAGGCCCUCCUCCUCCCAACAUAAAGCAAACAAACUCACGACAAUUGGGUUCAGCAUAUCCAGGCAGGAAAUCACCAGAAAUGUGGCAAAUAGACCAAAGCAAUCAGGAAAUGAGACAAUCAGACAUUGUCCAACGAGACACAAGCAAUGCAGGACAGAGACAACCUGAUACAUGGAAAACAGAUCCAAGUUAUCCAGGAAUGAAACAAACAGAACCAUGGCAAUGGGAGCCAGGUUCUCCAAGCUUGAGACAAACAGAUGCAUAUCAAUGGAACCCAAGCCACUUAGGCAAAAAACAUUCAAAUUCAUGGCAAACAGGCCUACAUCACCCAGUCAUCAAACAUUUAGAAUUCAAAGAACCAAGUCCAACUGAACGCUGUACGAAACAACAUGACACAGCACAACCAGGCCCUCCUAGUCAAUCAGGUAUGAGACUGCCAAGCCCAGGACUACCAGGUCCCAGUCAACCAGAUAUGAGACAAUAUGACACAUGGCAAUCAAGCCAGAACCAACAAGGCAUGAAAGAGUUGAGUCCUUGGCAACCAGGCCCCAGCUCACUAGGCAAGAGAUUGUCAGGCACAUGGCCAUUGGGCCUUAGCCAACCAGGCAUGAGACAAUCUGACACAUAUCAACUAGGGCCUACUCAUCCAGAUACACGACAAUCAAGCCUCAGUCAACCAGCCAUGGCAAAACCUGACACUUGUCAAUCAGGCCUUAGCCAAUCAGGCAUGAAAGAGUUGGACACAUGGCAAUCAGGCACCAAUCAACAUGGCAUUAAACAGUUGGAUUCAUGGCAAUGGGGUCCCAACUCCCCAAGCAGAAAACAAUCAGGCAAAUGGCCAGCAGGGCCCAGCCCUCUAGGUAUGAGACAAUUGGAAUCAUGGCAACCAGGCCCAAGCCAACUGGGCAUGAGAUAUUCAGACUCAUGUCCAUGGGGUCCAUGCCACUCAGCAAUGAGACACUCAGAUUUAUGGCAACCAAGCCAGUCAGGCACAAGACAAUCAGAUGCAUGGCAAACAUGCCCAAGCCACCUUGGCAUGAAACAAUUGGAUACAUGGCAAUCAAGUCCCAACUUCCCUGGUGUAAGACAAUUAUAUACAUGGCAGCCAAGCCCCAGUUGCUCAAACACAAGACAAUCAGAAAAAUGGCACCUGGGUCCCAGCAACCCAGACAUGAGACAAACAGAUAUUUGGGAACCAAUACCAAGGCAAUCGAAGACAAGCGCCAGCCAACUGGAAACUACUCAAUUAGAUAAAAGUCAACCAGACACCACCCAACCAGGCCUAGGAGAAAUGACACCAUCAGAUACAUCAGAGCCAAGUCCAAGUCAGCCAGAGACAAAAGCCAGCCCAUCAGACACUACCAGCCAAUCAGAAUCAAUUCAAGUAAGCGAUAGUCAACCAAGUAAAAGUCAAUUAGAGCCAAGUGAAUCAAGCACGAGUGAUUUAAGUAAAAAUCAAGAAGGAAUGCUCCAAUUACCAAUGAGAAAGACAAACUCUGUUCCUUUCAAAAUAAGACCUGCUGCGCCUCAAGACUGCCCAGAUAUUCUGCGACUGAUCAAAGAAUUGGCUUCCUAUGAAGGUAUGCAAGGAGAAGUAACAUUAACAGAAAUGGAUUUAUUCAGGGAUGGUUUUGGAGAAAAUCCACUUUUCUACUGCCUAAUUGCUGAAGCACCCAGUCAACAGACAGAAUUGGAAGUAAAUACUAUUGGAUUUGCCAUGUACUACUACACAUACGACCCCUGGGUUGGUAAAACGCUUCACCUAGAGGAUUUUUACAUCAGUGAAGAUUACCAAGGUCUGGGUAUUGGGGGUGACAUGCUGAAGAAACUAAGUCAGAUAGCCAUCAACACCCACUGCAGUGCCAUGCAAUUUCUUGUCGUCAUUUGGAAUCAGGAUUCUGUUGAGUACUACAGUCGCCUAGGGGCUUUAGACCUUUCCUGUGAGGAAGGCUGGCAUUUGUUCAGAUUUAACAUCGAGGAUCUCCUGGGACUUGCAGAGGAAGAAUGA